UCUUCCCUGCACUGUGUGUGAUCGCGUCCUCCUCUUCCUCCUCCUCCCUGCCUUCUUUCCCUCAAUCCUCCCGCCUGUUCCUUUCUCCUCUCCCCUCCCUCCUCUGUCCGCCCCUCUCCACAAGUCCUAGGCCCUUCCCUUCCUCCCUUUUCUCUCGGCUUUCCUCUGGCUUCUUUCCCUGGUCCCACCCCUCUUCCUGACUCUCUCCCUCCGCACUUUGGACUCAGUUCCCUUCCCCAUCUUCCACUUCUCCUCCCCGGGCUCCACUACUCUGGAGGCCCUGCCUCUUAUCAUCCCAGUUCUCCUCCUCCCUCUGCUCCUUACUCACCCUUUCCUCCCCCUCCCGUCCUUCCGCUUCUCUCCUCCGUCUGUCCUUCACCUCCCCGAGCCUCUCCUCAUCCUCCCCCUCCUGCCCUUGCUCCAAUCCAGGGACGGCCUGCGCCUCCAUAGCUCCGUCUACCUCCCCCGUUACCACAUCCUUCUCUUUCCUCCCAUCCAGUCCUUCCUGUUGCCCUCCUUUCCGAACCAGUUAUCCACUUCUCCCUCCCCUUUCCCUCAGUCUUUCAUCCUCCUUCCUCCUCUGGCGAUCCAGGGCCUUCCUCUUUCUUGUCUCGCCAAUCCCGGGCCUAGCCCUGCCACGCCCAUCCUCCCUCUCCUUUUUAUGCUGGCAACCGCUUCUCGCUCUUCCUCCCCUCCUCCCUGCUCCCUCCCCAGCUCUCCUUCCUAUUCCUCAUCCUCCGUGGUUCCUCUGCAUGCCCCACCCCUCCCUAGCCCCGCCCCUCUCCCUCUCUUCCGUCCGCCCGUCGGCUCCUCCCUCUUUGUCUCCUCCCCUCGUUCCUCUCUGGUCCAGUCUCUCUUUAGCCCCGCCCCCACCCUCCUCUCAGAUGCCCCGCCCCCUCUGAACACGCCUCCCGUGGCCCCGCCCCCGCACCGCAGCGACAAGAUGGCGGCGGGCGGCAGCGGUCGCGCGUCUUGCCCGCCGGGGGUCGGGCCUGGCGCGGGCAGCCUGGGGCCCAGCGCCAACGCGGCCGCGGCCCCCAGCAACGCCGCCGCCUGCGCCCCGGUGCCUCCGCCGCCCCCGUCCCCGCCGCCCGGGCCCGGGACUGACGCGCAGGCCGUGGGCGACGAGCGCGACGACGCGGGCCCGGGCGCGCUGCUGCGCGAGCCCGUGUACAACUGGCAGGCCACCAAGCCCACGGUGCAGGAGCGCUUCGCCUUCCUCUUCAACAACGAGGUGCUGUGCGACGUGCACUUCCUGGUGGGCAAGGGGCUCAGCUCGCAGCGCGUCCCCGCGCACAGGUUUGUGCUAGCUGUGGGCAGCGCUGUCUUUGACGCCAUGUUCAACGGUGGGAUGGCUACCACGUCCACUGAGAUCGAGCUGCCCGAUGUGGAGCCUGCCGCCUUCCUGGCGCUGCUCAAGUUCCUGUAUUCAGAUGAAGUGCAGAUCGGGCCAGAGACCGUGAUGACCACACUGUACACGGCCAAGAAGUAUGCAGUGCCCGCGCUCGAGGCCCACUGUGUGGAGUUCCUGAAGAAGCACCUGCGGGCGGACAAUGCCUUCAUGUUGCUCACACAGGCGCGGCUCUUCGAUGAGCCCCAGCUGGCCAGCCUGUGCCUGGAAAGCAUAGAUAAGAACACAGCGGACGCCAUCGCCGCUGAGGGCUUCACUGACAUCGACCUGGACACAUUGGUGGCGGUGCUGGAGCGGGAUAGCCUGGGCAUUCGCGAGGUCCGGCUCUUUAAUGCAGUCGUGCGCUGGUCUGAGGCUGAGUGUCAACGGCAGCAGCUUCAGGUGACCCCUGAGAACAAGAGGAAGGUGCUGGGCAAGGCCCUGGGUCUCAUCCGGUUCCCGCUGAUGACCAUCGAGGAGUUCGCUGCAGCCAGCCCUCUGCCCGCAGGCCCGGCACAGUCCGGCAUCCUGGUGGACCGGGAGGUGGUCAGCCUCUUCCUACAUUUUACUGUCAACCCCAAGCCACGUGUGGAGUUCAUCGACAGGCCCCGGUGCUGCCUGCGGGGCAAGGAAUGUAGCAUUAACCGGUUCCAGCAGGUGGAGAGCCGCUGGGGCUACAGUGGCACCAGUGACCGCAUCAGGUUCUCAGUCAGCAAGCGCAUCUUUGUGGUGGGUUUCGGGCUCUACGGGUCCAUCCACGGGCCCACCGACUACCAAGUGAACAUCCAGAUCAUCCACACGGACAGCAACACAGUCCUUGGCCAGAACGACACAGGUUUCAGCUGCGACGGUUCUGCCAGCACCUUCCGCGUCAUGUUCAAGGAGCCGGUGGAGGUCCUGCCCAGUGUGAACUACACUGCCUGUGCCACGCUGAAGGGUCCGGACUCCCACUAUGGCACCAAAGGUCUACGCAAGGUGACCCACGAGUCCCCCACCACGGGUGCAAAGACCUGCUUCACCUUCUGUUACGCGGCUGGGAACAACAACGGCACAUCUGUGGAGGAUGGGCAGAUUCCCGAAGUCAUCUUCUACACCUAGGCCAUCCACCCAGGUCACCCCGGGCAGCCACAGGCCUGCCUCCCUCCCCACCACUUCCCACAUCAUCAUGGAAGGGGCUGCUGUGUCCACAGUGACAAGUGUGACUGCCUGUCCCAAGGCACUGGGGCGGUGCUUAGGUCGUGGCUGGGCCCCAUUGAGACUCCCUCAGUCUGGGGGGGAGGGGGCAGAGUGGGCGUGGCCUUGGAUGGACAGCUGUCAGGACCAGUGGAGCGUGGUAGGGCGCAGCUCCUGAAGCUCAGGGCAGCAGGCCAGCUCCGAGCCCUGGUGCUGCCCCGCGCCUCUGUUCUCUUCAACUGCACACUGCAAUGCAUACAGCCUACACUCAACUGGAGCCCGCACUGGGCCUCUCCUCCAGCCAGUGGUCUGGGUUUCACUUCCUUUCCUUCUCCGCUGCUCCCUGGGGGGCGGGGUCCCAGGUCCUGACCUGCGUGCACUGCUGACCCCUGCAGCCUUGGCCUCUGGGAGCUCUGCCCCAGGGUGUGUGACAUGUGGGCCAUGGUUCCCUCUUCUCAUAGCAGUGCAAGUGCCUGGUCAGCACUGAGCACUGCCCACCUGAGGUGACAGGUUCCUCACUGCUGUGCCCAGCAGAGCUCAGCCUUGAGCCUGCAGGGCCUGAGCAGGUGAGGCCCACCAAGAUGUACUGGGCACCCAGCUGGUCUGAUGCGGCACCUGGGGGUACCACAGAACACCCCUGUACAUACCAUAGCCCUGGCCCUCUAGGCCACCACAUACCCUAUCCAGUGACAUCCUAGAAGGCGCAGUCUCCAGUUUGGGGUUCCACAUCCUCAUGUUUCUGUACCAGUGACCUCCUGCCCAGAAUCCAUACCCAUCCCAAAGCCAUGGGAGGUGUGCCCUCCACAGUAUCCCCCAGUUUUUUUUUAAAUAAAGGAAUAAAGAAAAAUACCUGCCUUGAA